AGUUGAAUGUUGAUCAGGUCACAGUAAUGUUCUUGCUCAUUAGCUGUUUUGCCCUUGUGGCCUCUGCACUGGGGUGUGGCGUGCCAGCCAUCAAGCCCCAGGUUAGUGGAUACAACAAGAUCGUGAAUGGUGAGAAUGCUGUGUCUGGAUCCUGGCCCUGGCAAGUUUCUCUUCAAGACAACACAGGAUUCCACUUUUGCGGAGGAUCACUGAUCAACCAGAACUGGGUGGUCACUGCUGCUCACUGCCGUGUGUCUCCGAUGAGCCACCGUGUUAUCCUGGGUGAGCACGAUCGUCAAACCAACAGUGAGCCACUUCAGGUCAAGACCAUUGCCAGGGCCAUCACUCAUCCCUACUACAACACCAACAACUUUGACAAUGAUAUCACCCUUCUGAGGCUGUCCUCCCCAGUGCAGAUGACAACCCGCAUCUCUCCAGUGUGCUUGGUCUCAUCCAGCACUAGCAUCCCCUCUGGAACCAAAUGUGUCACCACUGGAUGGGGCAGAACGGGGCAAACCUCAAGCCCACGUUACCUGCAGCAGACUGCCCUGCCUCUCCUCACCCCUGCUCAGUGCAAGAAUUACUGGGGGAGCAACAGAAUAACUGAUGCUAUGAUCUGUGCUGGUGCUUCUGGAGUGUCCUCCUGCCAGGGUGACUCUGGUGGCCCUCUGGUCUGUGAAAGCAGUAGUGUGUGGUACCUUGUGGGUAUUGUGUCUUGGGGUACCACCAACUGCAAUGUGAACACUCCAGCAGUGUACUCCCGUGUGUCCUACCUGCGCGCCUGGAUUGACCAGACCAUUGCUUACAACUAAUGUGCAACGCAGUGAUGCAUUUCUGUUUCCCAGUAUUUCUUCAAAUGUCCUUGCAAGAUAAACCAGCUAGAACUAUUACUGCCUAAAAUCAUGGCUCCCACGUCACAAUGUUUUGCAUUUUGACACAUUCCUUAGAAAUCAAACAAUAAACUCUUUAAGAACACUGA